AUGAGGUUAUGUUUGUGGGCGGCAGUUCUGGGACUUGCCAGAUGCACAAACGUGUCUGUGGGCAUUACUUUGCCGACUGUCAACACCACCAACACAGCAGCAGCAGUGUCAAAGGGGGGCAUUGCGGCAGCUGCUGCCGAAGCGUCCGGAGCCAGCAAGGACGAGGUGAUCCAAAAUGCUGCAAUGAUAGCGGGGCAAGCAGCCGCAGAAGAUGCACGAACUGCCGGAGAGCCAGAAGUACGAGUGGAAGCACAGGCUGCAAAUGCAGCUCAAGCCGCCGCUCUCAGGGCUGGGGCGACUGGAAAUGAGGCGGCGGAGGCUGGUGGUGAGACAGCAGUACUGGUGGCUGGGCAGGUGAGUGCACCACCGCUACUGCUUGCAGAUGCUUUUUCCAUAGUCAACGGAACCCAUUGCUUGAACUGGUGGGGCGACGGCUGCGCUGCCAUCACGGAUCAUGAUGCGUGCUUGAGCUCUCGAGAUGGUGGUGAUCUUGCAGAGAUCAAUGGAGUCAAAGUGUUUGGGGAGCCUUGCGUUUGGUGCGGCGGUGAGAAGUGUGGCGCCACCGAUUCACUCUGUGUUCCGCGAAAUGAAGGAAGCACUCUGCAUUCCGGCAUGGAGGUGGCAUCUUGCACAGGUGGAAGCGGAUUGAGCGAGACUUCUGCGGCUCAGUGGAGUGAAAUUCCCGCCAGCCUGAAAGCCGGUGGAUUUCCCCAACGGGAGCUUUUCUUUGUGCCGAAGAAGAGUCAGAGUGGGGCAGGAAAAGCGGCAGGUGGUGCUUGUCGGGGCGCAUCAGCCGAGGAUGCCAGCAACUUGGACCCAACGAAACGAAACUACUAUGCUACCUGGACAGCCGCCACCUUGAAGGAAUGCCUAGAGAUUUGCAGCUGGAAGCAGGACUGCACUGGUGUGGAGUUCUCCCAAAACCAUUCCUACUGCGAGGUCUGGAAUGUCCCGAUCCAUUUCACAGAUCCUACUGCUGGUAUCUACGAGUGUUACGUCGCAUAUCCGGAGUCGGGGCAGCCAGAUGGGAUCAAAUGGCGAGCCUCAGGUGGAUUGUCCACAGAGAGCAUCGCGGAGCCAACAUCCUCCAACCUGACACUGGAAGUGGUUCUGGGAGCAGUGAUCUUGCUGGGGAUUGUGGUGGCGAUCCUGUUCGCAUGUAGAAGGUGGAAGAAGACUCCGAGGAAAGCCAAAGCAGAGGCUGCCAGAAAGAGAGGAUUAGACAUCGACCAGCAUGCAGGCGAUGCAGUGGGUUCAGGUGAUGAGAUGCAGCCCUUAGUGAACGGGGCGUUUGAUUACUCAUCUCCCACGAGUGUAGCCUCGCGUCAGGGUAUGGGGGAUCCGCUUGGAACCAAUCUUCGCGGCUUGGUUGCGUUUGACAACCACUCGGCUGCCUAUGAGCCCUUGGCUCAGGGCGGCCAGCCAAUGGCAGAGUGCUUGGAUUCCUGCCCUGACCACAAGUCGUCGAAGGAAGCGGCACGGUUUCGCGAGCUGGCACAGCUGCAGGCAAAUGCACAGGCUCGGUUUGGCUACGCCGACGGGGUGGCUGGCGGUAGUGGUGUGCCUGCAAACUUGUAG